AUGGCAGUGCUGGCUUCUAACCCCCACAACCCUGUGGUCGUCUUCAAUGUCACAAUCGGUGGCAUGAAGGUGGAGCUCCUUGCUGAUCUGGUGCCCAAGAGGAUCGAGAACCUGAGGCAAUUUUGCAUGGGUGAAUUCAGGAAAAAUGGUGUUCCCAUCAGUUACAAAGGCAACACUUUUCACAAGGUUAUAAAGGAUUUCAUGAUCCAAGGAGGUGAUUUUGUAAAUGGAGAUGGCACCAGAAUGGCCAGUAUCUAUUGGGGACCCUUUGCCCAUGAGAAUUUCAAACUGAAACACUCGGUGCCAGGCUUGCUCUCCCUGGGCAACAGCAGUCCCAGCCCCAAUGGCUGCCAAUUCUUCAUCAGAUGCUCCAAGUGCGAUUCGCUCAAUAGGAAACACAUGGUUUUCAGUGAAAUAAUUGAUGGGCUUCUAAUCAUGAGGAAAUUUGAAAAUGUGCCCACUGGGCUGAAUAAUAAACUGAAACUCCCAGUGGUGUUCGCUCAAUGUGAAGAGAUGUAG